AUGACCACAGCAAGCAUAGAAGACGACAACAUCCUGAUAACAGGCGCAUCCUCCGGUCUCGGUCUCGCCUUCCUACAACACUACGCCUCCCUCCCCUCACACCCACCCAUCAUAGCCUUAGAUGCCCAGCCCCUUCCACCACACAUACACUAUUCCAACCUGCAAUUCCACCAAAUAGACAUCACAUCCCACAAAGACAUUCAAAGCCUCGCCGAGGACUACGCUUCAACGCCCAUAAAGUUAGUCAUACACUGCGCCGGCAUCCGCGGCCUCGUACCCUCUGUAGUGGCCGAAGAAAAAGAAGCCCGUCAAAAUGUAGCAGCCACCGAGAGCAUGCAAGCAAUGGACCACGAAACCAUGGUGCGGACGUUUGAAAUCAACACUUGGGGGACGUUUAAUGUGAUAAGGUCGUUUCUCCCGAACUUGCUCAUGUCGUUCAAGAAAAGGGUUGACACAGAGCUUCCGGAUUACUUGCUUGGGACUUCUUCAAGCAUCUCUAUGCCCAAAGUCAUAAUCCUGUCAUCACGCAUGGGUUCCAUCACUGCGAAUACAGCCGGCGGCGGAUACGCAUACCGGGCUAGUAAAGCGGCGCUGAAUGCGGUGGUCAAGAGUUUCGUGCUCGAUGUUCCUCACGUUCAGUUUUUGAUGCUGCACCCGGGGAGGGUGGAGACGCAGCUGGUGGAGUGGAAGGAGGAGGGUACUAUUAGCGUCGAGGAGAGCGUGGGGGAUUGCUUAGAAGUUAUGGGAAGGUUGAAUGAGUGGUUUGAUGAGACUGGGAGGAAGGUGUCGGGGAAGCUUGUGGAUCGGUUCGGGGUAGAGAUUCCAUGGUAG